AACCAGAAAAAUGGCCGAAGUUGCAACCAAUCCCUCAGUCGACGUCACUGGAAAGCAAGAAGAAGUGACGAUCUCAACGGUUUUACCACUCGAGAUUAUAGAUAAGUCUAUCGGAAAAGUUGUCACCGUCUUGUUGACCACAGACAAAGAAUUCACAGGAAAGCUUGUUGGUUUCGAUGAUUUCGUCAACGUUGUGUUGGAAGAUGUCACUGAAACUGACAGCGAAGGGAACACGGAUGGCCCAGUUAAGAUCAUGUUGUUGAACGGAGGCCAAAUUGCCAUGAUUUCUUCCACUGAAGAUUAAGUGUGAUUUCGAAGAUUCUUCGUUUACUGAUACAUAUUUUGAAGAGUUCAAGUUCACAACUGUAGGCGAGUCAUUCUGACAUCCAGUCGACAUAAAAGUGAUAUCAUAGAAUCUUUACCCAUUCUUCAAUCAACUAUUUACGACUUUGUAUAAUAUAAUAUAAUUAAGUAUACUGCUAGAACCGUGAACAAAAUGUAAGUCACUCGAAUUCUUUUAAAAAAACAGGAUUUAUAGGUAGGGAAUGGAAGACACAAUGCCUUAGCUUUUCUUAUAGUAGACUUGCAUACUGAUUGGAAGAAUCUGGUUGGAGGAGGAAGGAAGUUCUAGUGUUUACAGUUGUGUCUUUCAAUUUCUAGGAGCAAAUAAGACCAAUGGAGAUAUCAUGAACAAUACCUAAGCCACCAGUGCUAUGGUAUUUUGCUCUAGACCAUACCAAUUAAACUACUUCCUAGAACAGCAUGACAUUAUAAAGGUAAUCGAUGGCAAAAAACCGAUUACG